AUGGCAAAGGGAGAACAUGGCCCAGAUAUAGGAAAAAACGGAGGAGGCAAAAAUGACCCAAAAAGAAUGAGCGGAUGGCGGAUGAGUGACGGAGAAGGGAAGGACGGGGGGGGAAUUAGAGGUGGAGAGGAUGGAGUGAUGGCAUAUAGACAGGAGGAUGGAUGGAUGGAUAGAUGGAGGGCAGCUAAGAGGAAGAAGAGGAGGAUGAAAUGGACAGAGAAAGAUGGGAGGGGUGAUAAAAUGAGUAUAUGGGACAAGUCAUACUUACAGGACCUUGAAGAUGGUGACUUGCUACAGGCUACUUCUUGUAAGCUCGAGCCAAAAACUCCCCCAAAGGCGUGCCCCGGGAAAGCUCACGGUCUCGUCCUCCGAAUCUUUCCAAGGGAAUGGUGGGGCAGCCAGCAUCUGUCGCUGCUCUCGCUGGCUGAAGCUGCUUCGACUGCUACCCUCCCCAGCGAGAUCUUCCGCAUUCCCUCGGGGACGGGGUUGACGAUGCUCCAUGGCUCCUCUUUCCAUGUCUUCUUCCCGGCCUGGGCCACGGCUAAAGCUGGUAUGACAGUAAUGAUGCUUCUGAUACAGAUCGCAGAUGCAUCCUGCCACCUCAUCCUCCAGAUGCCCCUCAAUGGGUGGGAAACCCAUCAGCACGCUUUCUUGUCUGGAAACUUCCAUUGCGUAAUGACGAAAAUGCCCGCGGUCACGAAACAGACACCUGGGUGCCUGAAAAACAACAAGCCGGAUAAUAGAUACUGCGGUUAG